AUGGACUAUCUUGUGUUCCUCUCCCGAUCUCUCCAGCUUAUCCCCAUCCUGAUUUCCAUACACCAGGUUCCACCUCUCCAUCUGACCAUUGACGGAUUUCUAAAAACCGAUGAAAGACAAAGACUGGCGAAGGAGAGAAGAGAAGAAAGGGAGAAAUACCUUGCUGCUAGGGAACAGCAGAUACUGGAGAAGGAGAGAAGAGCGAAACUUCAGUAUGAAAAGCAAAUGGAGGAGAGAUGGAGAAGACUGGAGGAACAGAGGCAGAGAGAGGAGCAGAAGAGGGCAGCUGUUGAAGAAAAACGGAGACAAAAGCUUAAAGAGGAGGAGGAACGUUUAGAAGCCAUGAUGCGUCGGUCCCUUGAACGCAGCCAGCAGCUGGAACAGAAGCAGAAGCGAUGGUCGUGGGGAGGAGCACUGGCUGCAGGCUCAGGAGGGAGAGACGGUGAAUCAGAAAAUACCCCACCCCCUGUUCUAGGUUUAGCUGCCAACACCCUUCCUCCAGACCCUGUGACCUCUACUGCUCCUGCUGAUUCCUUCAAUGCAUGUGACAAACUUUCAGCCUCUACAAUGAAUCUGCCAAAGCAAACGGAAUCGCCAAUCAGUAAGCGCCUCUCCUCCUCCACAGCGGCAAUAACACAUUCCCCCGACAGAGCACCAGCUAGUCCUCUUAAAUCUCCCUACAAGCCUUCCCCCACCCGAAGCACGGACAGAAAGAAGGCAACUUCACCCUCUACUUCCGAUGCCAUGAAAGGGGCGGCUGCAGCUGAGGUUACUCAGACUGAGAAGAUAAAGAAAGAGAAGCGACCCACAACACCUGGUUCAUCAUCUGGUAUGGGAUCUCCUCUAAGAAGGUCUGAUUCUCCUGCUGCCGUGUCCAGAAGAUCCGCAUCACCUGCGACACCUAAGACAGUUGCAAAGACUUAUCCUCAGUCUCCUAAAAAUGCCAAACAAUAUCCAGCUUCUCCUGUGAAGCAUCGUGCCACUUCUAAUCUCAACCAGGAAACUCCUAAAAAGAAAGCAGACAAGGAGAAAGAAAACGUCAGUCAUCAGAAAUCCUCAGGAGCACGCACUGAUGAGGCAAGCCAGGUGGCUUUGGAGAAGCAUGUGCCUUCUGUGGGAAAGACUGAAAUUAGUGAAGGAAAGAUCACGGCAGGAACAACUGACGCAGAAGAAGCUUCAAAAAUUCUAGCUGAAAAAAGACGACAGGCCCGCCUGCAAAAAGAACAAGAGGAAAGGGAGAGACAGGAAAGAGAAGAACGGGAGAGGCUUGAAAGAGAAGAACAGAAGAGAAAGGCAGAAGAAGAAAGACUUCGUCUAGAGGAAGAGGCUCGUAAGAAGGAGGAGGAAAGAAAACGUGAAGAAGCAGCAGCUCGAAAAAAGGCAGAAGAGGAAGCCAGGAGAAGAGCUGAGGAAGAACAAAUGCUCAAGGAAAAGCAAGAAAAAGAACUCCAGGCCAAACUUGAGAAACAGAGGGAAGAAGCAGAAAUCAAAGCCCGUGAGGCAGCUGAACAACUUCGUCUUGAAAGGGAGCAAAUCAUGCAGCAAAUUGAGCAAGAAAGACUGGAACGGAAGAAGAGAAUAGAUGAAAUAAUGAAGAGAACGAGGAGGAGCGAAACACCAGAAAUAAAGAAGGAAGAGCCAAAGCUGGAGGUACCAUCAACUUUGAAUGUGGAAAAGCAGCCAAAGGCCCUUGUUCUCAACCAGCCAGAGAUCAAUGGAUUGGCAACCUGCCUGAAAAAUAAAAGCUUAGAAAGUGCUGCCUCUGUAAUCCCUUCCCAAGAUGUAGUUGCUAAUGGACUAAAGUCAGUUCCAGGACUUAUUCAGCUGGAAGCUGUUGAUGGCAAAUCUAACAGCAUGGAAGAUUCAGCAGAUGAGGUUCAGUCCAUGGAUGUGAGCCCAGUUUCAAAAGAAGAACUUAUCUCUAUCCCCGAGUAUUCUCCCAUGAAUGAACUCAUGCCCGGUGUUUCUUUGGACCAAAAUGGGACAAGUAAUGCCAAGGCUCUUGAAGAUCUCUUGGAUUUCACAGGCCAAGCUACGUACUCCAAGAUGUCCAGUGAUACCAUUAGCCUAGAUGACUGUAACAAAAACUUGAUUGAGGGCUUUAACAGUCCAGGACAGGAAAAUACACUUAAUUCUAUCUGCUGACAACCUCACUUUUCAGCAGAACAGAUAAAGAGGUAGCAAUUUGUGGAGGAUAUAUAUCCCUGUGAUGCUACUGGCAGUAAAAUAUGAGCUUGUCACUUGAAAAAAGCUUCUGCAGUCCUUGAACACUGGAUUUCAAGUAACCAGAGCUGAAUAUAACUUUGUCUUCCCAGGGAAUAUGUUGAAUAACUGGCUGCUUUUGGUAGAAGUCAAUGAUCUAGAGCCUCGAUGGUUUCAGGGAAGACUGAGUGUGCAUUAGAAUUUGAGCUUUAGCUGCUAAUAAAGCACUUAUUUCUUCUUUUAAUUUAAAAUUCAUCUCAAUACUUCACUGUGAUUUCUACCUGUGCAUUUUAUUUUGAAAUAAUUCUUCCUUAAGCUUUAUCAUACAUCCAUUUAGAUAUCUUUUUUCUUGUAAAUAAUGAUAAGGUUUGCCCACAGUGCAUUGAAACGAAGUAAUAUACUGUACUUUAGUUUUGUGCCUAUCUUUUUUUGUCUUUAAUAAGGAGUUAUUGGCAACUUUUAUGCAGGAGUAUAGUUCAGAGCUGAAGAGGCUUGAAAAA